GCCCGUCCGCGGCUGCUCCCGCGGCUGGCAGCUGAGCGGGGAAGCCCCUGCCUGGGAGCAGCGCGGGGCGAAGAUGCAGCCAGGCGCCGGAGGCCGAUGGCCGGACCGCGGGCGGUGAGAAGGCGCCGCGGGGCCGCGCAUCCCUCAGCGGCGACCUGCCAGCGCCGCUCCGGGCAGCGGCGCAGGGGGCGGGAGGAACCCGGCUGCGGCAGCCGGGAUCCGCUGCUCUUGCAAAGGCGCAAGGUGACUGAGGAAAUGGCAGCAACAGCAGGAGGUUGAAGUCAAGCCUGGGACUGCUAAAUCCUUAUGCUGUCUGUAUUCUCCUUGGAACAAAGGCUCUGCCCCCUCCUACCGGGUGUGAUGCUGUGUCCCUGGCCUCUCUCAGCUGGGGUGCUCACUUUAGGAAGCAUUAUCCUGCUGGAGGAUGGCUAUGGAUGGAGUUGUUCCACGGACCGAUAAGUGCCCCUUUAAUCAAGUGGUAAUCUCCAUUCGUGGGCCAUGGAUCCGAAGAAUGCUAAGCACAGGAGGAAGCUGUCUUUUACUCCAGGUCAGAAUGAUAAGGUCCUAUGUUUUGACCCUGUAGUUCGAGGUGAAGAAGGUCUCUGUGGCUUUUUCUGCACGAGGUGCAAUGCAUCUAAUCCCGAAGAAGAGCUUGACUCUGCAUUAAUAGCAGAUGAGUGUCCACCCACCUCAGAAGAACUUUUCCCUGAACGGACAAUAAAAAUCAAACCCAUGAGAGUCUUGAAGCAUCGUCUGAGUGCUAUCAUCUUCACUGAGGAUUGUGUCUGGUGCAGAGGGAGCAUUGUUAUUGGGAAUGGACUUCCCAGCAGUGCUAACAUAUUCAUCUUUAAUGGCCCUGCUCAUCUGAAACGCAGACCCGGAGGUGAAUGGGAGAGAAGAGAUGAUCCAGCCUGGCAGGUUGAACACCACAGACCAGAACUGAAGAGAGACCGAUGCAUUCUGCCCUGUGAGAGCAAUGGAGCCGGAAAAUACAUAUGUUCUCAUACCCGCCCAGACCCCGAGGAAGCGGAGAUAUGUCCCUGCUGUGUGUGUUUCACAUUACUAGAGGAUAAAAGGGACCCAGAAGUCGAGGCCAAGAAAGCUUGUGACUGGCUGCGUGCAGCAGGAUUUCCUCAGUAUGCACAACUUUAUGAAGACUCGCUGUUCCCUAUUGACAUCACGUCCGUGAAGAAAGACCACAGCUUUCUGGACCAGGAUUCCCUCAAAUCCCUUUGCAGGAGGCUGAUGACACUGAACACAUGUGCCUCUAUGAAGCUGGAAGUCCACUUUCAGCGUAAACAGAAUGAAGACUCAGAGGAAGAAGAUCUUUGUGCCAUCAGCGACCGAUGGGCCUUCCAGAGGGACAGCAAAAGGUGGUCCAGAAUUGGCUCUGUCGACUUUCUCUCCCACAGUCCAGAGGUGCUGAAUUCCACCAUGCGGCAGACAUCCAGCCGUGAGAGCAUCCUUACGGACCCCAGUGCCAGUCUGGAAGCCACUUCGCUCCACAGCAACACCAGCACGGGCAGCACUGCUGGCACAGUUGGCAUUGUGGCCACCCUGCCUGACGGGUCACCCGGCCAGGACUCUCCAAACAUCACCAAAUCCAGCCAGAGCUUGAGCGACCACUUCGUGACAGACCAAUCCCCAAACCAGAAUGGGAGUUCUAAGGAAAAGUCCAAGACGCGGAGGUCCCUCAGCUUCCUAAAAAGGAUAGAGUCUUUCCGAAGGAAGGACAAAGAGAAAUCUGACUCCAAAGCGAAGGAUGGCACUAGCGGCGGGACAGUGACCAAACCAGGGUGGGACUCUGUGAAUGGCAAUGGGGAGCUUACUGCUGCCAUGACCACCUCCCCCAGAAGAGCCACGUCCUCCUCUUUCCAUGGCAACAAACACUUUCUCUCGGUGGGCUACAGGACUAAUGGCGUGUCAAACUCGGGUGAGAGGAAGCCGGGCUCUGAACUGAGAUGCGGUGCGAUCUAUCUGGAGGACUAUGAAACGGCUCUGAAAAAUAGCACCAGCUGGGCUGCUGGAGAACUGUGCCACCGGCACGUGUACCAGGGUGACUGCCUGAUCCACCUCCCUGGGGACCACAAGCCGGGGACUUUCCCCAAAUCUCUCUCCAUCGAAAGCUUGUGUCCUCUCGAUGGCAGCCCUUUGGCCAACUGGAAAGCUGGGAACAAAGCGGUGGGGCUUUCGGGGUGUGGAGAGGGCGGCAGCAGCAGCAGCAUGGACGACCCCUCGCCACGGGGCUUUGCGUGCCGGCAGAGGCGGGGCUCAUGCAGUUCCGUGGGCAGCCAGACAAGCGUGUAUGACAACGUGCCCGAGUUUGGCAGCAGCGAAGACUUCUUCAGCAUGGAUGGGGAGGUGAGCUACAAAAAUCUCGAUGACAUCUUGCAGGACGUCUGGGGGCUGCAGCGGAAGGUGGAGCUCUGGUCUAAGGCGCUCAGCCUCAACCUGGAUGAGGAGGGAGAGAGGGAAGGGGAGGAGGAGACGGACUCAGGAGGGGAGCCCACCUUCCCCUCCAAUCUGAACUUGGAAGAGCAGUCCAUAUCUGACGUGGGCACCUCUGCCAGCGACUUCGACAGCACAGGCAACUCCUUGAAUGAGGUGGAGGAGAUCGAGAUGAGAGAGCGCAGGGAUUCAGGUGUAGGAGCGUCCCUCACCAGACCUUGCAGGAAGCUACGCUGGCACAGUUUCCAGAACUCCCAUCGUCCCAGCUUGAACUCUGCCUCCUUGGAGAUCAACCGCCAGUCCUCCGCUCAGCUCAACCUGCUGCAGAAGUGCUCACUGCUUCGCCUCACUGCCAUCAUGGAGAAGCACUCUGUGCCCCACAAGCAGGCCUGGGCUUGGACUGUCCCCAAGUUCAUGAAGAGGAGCAAAGCCCCCGACUACAGGGACAAAAUGGUCUUUGGGGUCCCGCCAAUCAUCAACAUGCAGAGGACAGGGCAGCCUCUGCCGCAGAGCAUCCAGCAAGCCAUGCGCCACAUCCGCAGCCAGUGCCUGGACCAGAUUGGCAUUUUCCGGAAGUCGGGGGUGAAGUCUCGGAUCCAGGUGCUCAGACACAUGAACGAAGCUUCCCCCGACAAUGUAAACUAUGAAGGGCAGUCGGCCUACGACGUGGCUGACCUGCUGAAGCAGUAUUUCCGCGACCUGCCAGAGCCCAUCUUCACCAGCAAGCUCACCGACACCUUCCUGCAGAUCUAUCAGUUUGUCCCAAAAGAGCAGAGGCUGCAAGCUGUCCAGGCAGCCAUCAUCCUGAUGCCAGAUGAGAACCGGGAGGUGCUCCAGACAUUGUUGUACUUCCUGAGUGACAUUGCCUCAGCUGAGGAGAACCAGAUGACAUCCGGGAACCUGGCGGUGUGUCUGGCCCCAUCCAUUUUCCACCUCAACGUGUCCAAAAAGGAGAGCACCUCACCCAGGAUGAUUCAGAAGAGAGGCACCAUAGGAAAGCCUGACCAGAAGGACCUGAAUGAAAACAUGGCUGCCACCCAGGGGCUCUCCCAUAUGAUCACAGACUGUAAGAAGCUGUUCCAGAUACCCCCCGACAUGAUGCUUCAGCUGGGCAACUCCUAUGUGGCAGCAGACGCCCACCCGCUCUCCCUGGCUGAGCUACUGAGCCACAGCUUGCAAGGGGAGGGCAAGGAUGUCCAGGCUUACUUGGAAGACAACGUGCAGAACCUGCUCAAAGAGUCCUCCGAGAGGUUCAAAGGGUGGCUCAGCACCGCAGGGCCCCAGAACACAGAGCUCUCUUGCAAAAAGGUUGGUGACGGACAUCCGCUGCGUUUGUGGAAGGUCUCCACAGAGAUGAAGGCCCCUCCUUACAUGGUGCUGCAAAGGGUACUUCGGGAGCGUCACUUUUGGGAUGAGGACCUGCUGCAAGGUGAAGUGAUAGAGGCCCUGGACAAGAACAUGGAGGUUUAUCACUAUGUCACGGACAGCAUGGCGCCCCAUCCCCGCAGGGACUUCAUCGUUCUCAGGAAGUGGCACACGGACCUACUGCGAGGGGCUUGCCUGUUGGUCUCCAUGUCACUGGAACAUGAAAAGCUGCAGGUGGAAGGAGGGGUCAGGGCUGUGGUGUUAACAUCUCAGUAUCUGAUUGAACCAUGUGGGUUGGGUCAGUCCAAAGUGACCCACGUCUGCAGAGCUGAUCUCAGGGGCCGGUCUCCCGAGUGGUACAGCAAGGUCUUUGGACAACUUUGUGCCAUGGAGCUGGCAAGGAUACGAGAGUCUUUCUCAGUGCUUAACCCAUGUGGCCCUGAGACAAAGAUCUGAGGAGACUGGAAGAUGCUCGCUCCUGUUUGAUCAUGAACCUCCCAGACAACGUGGGGUGGAGCAUGGAGAGGGAACAUGGCCAUCAGCAGGCUGUUGGCAUCUGGUUGGGUGGGGGCAGUGCCUUUCCAGGCACCUGAGGAUGAGCCUUCCUUUGAACCAACCACCAACCCUGAACGAGCCAGUUGUUUUUUCCAUCGUUGUGUGAUCCCUUUUCUCUUACACACCAGGGACCUUCAGAGCUGUGCCCAGCAACAUGCCCUCCUGGGCACCAGGGGCCAAACGGAAGCCAUCAUUUCCUGCUUCCAGAAUGCCCGUUGCUGGUUGGAAGGCAGUGAGUCUCCGCCCUAAAGCUCUGAAGAGCAGCUCUGCAGAAACGAACCAGUGUGCUGCUUGUGGGACAGCUCUCUCCAGCAAUCGCCCACCCACCCUGGGGAGAGUGGGGCUGGGGAGUCCAUACAGCAGGCUGAGCCGUGAAGCAACUGGACCAGAGUCAGACCCAUUAACCCCCUUUGCCAAACUGACCAUGGGCUCACCCUCUCAGCCCAGGUGCUGGACUCAGCCACAAGAGUGAUGGUGCUUGAAGUGACCAAGGAUGAUGCUGAUGUGUAGGAGAAGUGAGAGACGGCGGAGCUGGUGCAGUGUCUGUAUGGCCGUGUGUGGUGUUAGGAGGAGCGUCUGCUAGGGAUGUUACAGUGUGUGUGUGCUGUACCUAGCAGCGUGGCGCACAGGCAAUCGUGGUCUGAGGAGCUGGUUAAUGUCAGAUGGAUGCUGUUGUUAUUUUGGUUUAUAAUUAAUGACUGCCAUGUGUUGAAUGGCAAAAAGGAAGCUAUUUUACUCUGGGUGCUGAAUUUCACUGGGGAAGGAACUCCAGGUCAGUGCUUUCUACUUGAUCAGACACAGGGAAUCUCUAGCACCCCUGUUUUUAGCACAGGGCCAUGUGGACCGAUGAAUGAGGGUGCAAAUGCUUUGCUAACCAGGGGCCCAGUCCUAAUCCCGAUUGAAUCCAGUGGGAGCUUAGCCAUUCAUUUUAAUGAAUUGGAUCAGAUCCGAGUUUGAUGAGUCCAAAUUCCAAAGCAUGCACCCUUGUCCUUGUAUCUGUGUGUCAGCUGUACAUGGAGGGUUGCCAUUACAAGGCUGGGGGUGAGACCAAAAUGGCACAGUGCAGCUCCCUGAUCCCCCUUUGGCUGGGUUUAGUAAGCAUCAAGGUACUCCCAGGGUCAGAGUUCCAUUUGCCUUGGGGUGUGCGGGAGGUGAAGAAAACCCCCUCCAUUACAUGAAGACACCCUAAAAAUGUAUCAUCCUGCUGGAAAACUAUAGCCUGCAUGCAGGGGAGGUUUAAUAGCGUUGGCCAGUGAGGUGUGACCAGAGGGAGUGCAGGGGGCCUGGUCUCAUAACUCCACUGUGCAGAGUCUGCUUCCACUAAGAGAGUAAUGUGAGUUGCCCCAAACUGUGCUACAUUAGUGCCAUUUUAGUCAACCAGAUGGGCAGGGAUUGGGUUAGUACAGUCUAGUUUGCUCACAUUGUUAUGGACACUUGAUCUCCCCUUAAUUCCCUCCCCCCAGAGAAGCAGUGCUCGCUGCACUGCAGAGGGGAGGGAAAGGCAACGCCAUAACUCUUGAUCCAAGGAUCCCACUUCUGUGAUUAUGUCACUCCACCACUUUCCCUCCAAGCUCACAAACACUCUGACCAUGACAUGCACUUGACGGGGUUUCUUUUUUAACCAGAGACCCAAACAACUGGACAUGGUUCCAAUUGGAAGGCAACAAAACCCACUGGCAGUAGAAAUUGUCAGUUUCCCCAGUAACAAACUUUCCCUCUUUCUAGUGCACACCAGCUAUAUUCUGUUUGUGUUUGGUUUUGUAUAACUAACGUUUGGGACUGAUUCUUGCCUCAUUUUUUUAUGUUUCUUUUUCUAUCUAUAAAUACUGUACAGUUGGAAUAUUAAUAUAUAACUCAGGCGGUAAGAGCUUGGUGCUAGAUGAUGAACACCAGAGCGAUGUGUGUUUUCUAUUUAAGGGACUUCUUUUUUGUAUCAGAUGCAGCCGCUGCAGAUUGUCUGACUCCAAAGGGGGCAGCGGUUUCCCCGCCGUGUAAUAAUAAAGUACUAAUGGCA